AAAUUAAUUACUUUCACAAGCGUUGGAAACCAUAGCAAUACUAAUGAUCUUCAUUCCACUUCUGAUACAGUUAUCAAUCGGCCUUCACGCAUCAUUCUACACGAAGUUAUGCCAUCUAUUUCUCUCCCUCCCCCUUCCCUGGCGCGUGAAAUCUGAGACUUGCUUGCGGAAUGGAAUGCUUCCGUUUCCCUGCCUCGGAUUCCUGCGGCCGCAUGCGAGUCACGGACCCGAAUCCCUCGUGCCUAAAAACCAUGCCUAUUCGGCGGAAUAUGGGUGAUAUGGUAAAUGGUCCUGCUGCCCACCCGAAGCGUGCUGAUCAUCAAUGGCACCCGGUCCUUAGAGAUUCUCAGUUCUGUACGAUCCGAAUUCUCCUUAAGGUAUUUCUCGUCUGGUUUCAAGCUUCCGAUUGCUAUGGAAGCCUCCUCCAAUCCAAGCUUAGCAUUGGACCCAAAACGAACACGUUCAAGAUUGGUUUUGUUUUCAGAGAAAUUUUGAAAGCUGUCGGGGAAGGUGGAAAAAGUAAAUGAGGAGGGUGGGAGAUCAACCCCUAACAUCUUAUCUUAGGUUACUAUGGUAUACAUUGUUUUA